GCCAUGCGCAGUGAGCUUGUUGUUGGGUUGGUUGUUAUGACUGGCUGAGGCCUCGGACUAAAUUAGGAGAGAAACCCCCGCUGCCGCCCCGGGACACCCGCCAUGGAGGGCAUGGACAUGGACCUGGACCCGGAGCUCAUGCAGAAAUUCAGCUGCAUGGGCACCACCGACAAGGACGUCCUGAUCUCCGAGUUCCAAAGGCUUCUUGGGUUCCAGCUGAACCCGGCCGGCUGCGCCUUCUUCCUGGAUAUGACCAACUGGAACCUGCAGGCAGCCAUCGGGGCGUACUACGACUUUGAGAGCCCCAACAUCAACGCACCAUCAAUGUCAUUUGUCGAAGACGUGACAAUCGGAGAGGGAGAGUCAGUGCCCCCUGACACACAAUUCACAAAAACCUGGAGGAUACAGAACACAGGGACGGAAUCCUGGCCCCCCGGCGUGAGCUUGAAGUACGUGGGAGGCGACCAGUUUGGCCAUGUGAACAUGGUGAUGGUCCGGUCCCUAGACCCCCAGGAAGUGACGGACGUCAGCGUGCAGAUGCGGAGCCCGGCAGCGCCCGGCAUGUACCAGGGCCAGUGGAGGAUGUGCACGGCUACGGGACUCUUCUACGGGGAUGUGAUCUGGGUGAUCUUGAGUGUGGAGGUGGGCGGGCUCCUGGGCGUCACACAGCAGCUGUCCUCCUUCGAGACCGAGUUCAACACCCAACCGCACCGCAGCGUGGAGGGCAACUUCAACCCCUUCGCCUCGCCGCAGAAGAACAAGCACCCCUCCAGCGACGAGGACAACAGCCUCAAGGACCCGGGGGGCCCCUGGGAGGCAACACCAGACCGAAUCCAGCAGGAUCAAAAUGGACUGUCACACAACUCUGUAAAUAUAGCACCAAACGGUCUCCAAAACAACCUAUCAGUAGUGACUUACAGCCAGGGUAUCCACGGCCCCUAUCCUUUUGGACAGUCUUAAAACCCGGGAAUCACUGUGCAGUGGCACUGGAUAUUCCCCACGUGGGGGAGGCUGGGGGUGUAGAGAUCUCUUACUGACACUUGGCAGGCCCCUCUCCUCUCCACAGCAACCCAAAAGACAAACCGAAGACGAGGCCGCAUCGUUUGUUCCGUUCCUGGUAAAUAAUACAGCAGACAUCGACAAAGCCCAGCGUAUGCAUGUAUGAAUGCUAAAUUAAAAAAGGAGUGCUAUACGUCUUUUAAAACAAGAUGAGAGACACGUUUUUUUAGUUGUCAUCACAGAUAAUUAAGUAGAGAGCGAGAGUGAGUGGAAGUGUGGGUGAGUGUGUGACACGCAAGAGAGAAAAGAGGGGAAAAGCCAUUUAUUGAGCGAUUGUAGGUUUUGAGCAAAUGUUUAAAUUUAUUGACUUGUUCCUAUACAUUUUCUUUUAGUGAUAAGCUCAUGGUGUAUACUUUUUGGGUAGGUUUGUUUUUCCAGCUUUUGGUGUAUUCAUUUUUCAUCAUAUGAAAGAAGUUGUUUUGGAGGGGGGGUGAUUCCCAGAGGAGAAAAAUGAAACGAUUUUGGUAUUUUCAAAUCCAGUUCCCUCUCCUAGCUUCUGUUCUACACUGCCUUUUCAUUCAGUUUUUCACAUUUGACAGUGAUGUACAAAAGUUCAGUUCAGUCUGAUUUUUGGGAUCACUCAAGAGAGUCACAAGUCAGCGAUAUGAGCACUGCCAUUAGAUUGAAAUGCCUUAAAAUGGGUUGUGACGGAGGCGCAGAACCACAGUACUCCAGCAGAGGGAAGUAAAGUACAAAUCCAUAAUCACGCCUCUUCGUUCAAGUUGGUGCUACUGCAGAAGCCAGAGAAUAUAUAUCGCUGAUGUUUUUAGAAGGAGCGUGCUUUUUCUGAGUGCGGGACUGUCGUUACACUCUUGGGGAACAGCCCCUGCAGCGAGUCCAGCACGAGGAGUUUUACAUUACACUCGUCGGAGAGUGUUUUUUUUUUUAGCCAUCUCAGGGGUGAGGAUUCAGAAAACCUUAGCAGCCCAAAAGCAGUCUUUGCGAGAACCACUGCUGUUUUAAUGUCUGCCGUCAUCAAGUGGGGUCAGUGUGGUAGGCUCUAGUUCCUGCCUCAUGGUUUCAGGUUGGCAACUUCCCCCUGUUCUUUUCUGAUUCCCUAAGCAACACCUGAGUCCACAAAGGCAAGCCUUCCUGCCGACGCUGGGGAACUGACACUCUCACUUUGAGUAUGGAGGUGACCAUGUGAAACAAAAAAUCAAGCUUCACCUCCUGAACUGACACUACAGGCUGCAAACCUGUUUUUUUUUCCUUGUAAAGUACUGUGAAGAGAAAGCCACUCGCUUAGCAUGAUACUAUCUGGAAGAUCGGUUAUCUUCGUAUUCAGAAAGGGCAUCACACAGAUUAUUUGGGCAGCUAUCAGACUCCUUUCCACAUAACUGUAUGAGCCUCCUGCACACAUAAUAAGCACCGCUAUACUGCAAGGAAAAUGUUUUUUUUAUGGUGCACAAAUUGCAAUCCUGCCUCAGAACACCGCAAGGGGUGUCAAAGCAGGAGAGAAGACAAGCCAGCCAAACGUCAGCAUGCAGAAAUGUGCUUUUGUAGCUCUCCCAUCGUGAAGCCUUAUCUGCUGGAAAGGAGAUCGCUUGUGUCUCCCCAGAUUUGAAAUGUUCUGAAGCCAUAUCGGAUAGCAAAAGAUGUCACAAUUUGUUUCUUUUGCAGUACGGUGCAGCAGUUAGCCGAUUGUGCACGCCUUCACACCAGGAACAAACCAUUUAAUAACCCGUGAGGGUUUUCCAAAUAGAUCCUCAUCCAGUCUUCCACUGUGAGCUAACCUCUCACCAUUGCCGAUCCUGCUCUCCGGACUAUUGCUCCCCCCUUCUCCAGUCUGAAGGUUGUAUUUGACACCGAAGCUCUGUAAACCAAAGUGGUCCUUGAUCAAGCAGUCAUCACAUGUAAUUUCCGCAUUCAGCUUCGACUUGCAGCCCAAACUACCGUCACUCAGGGCAGACUACACCUGUUUCUUGUUUACCUUUCAUUUCGUUAUUACGGCAAUCCAUCACACUCAGCUCUGCCGCUGGCUGUUUGUUUUCACAAGAGCUGAUACCGCAAGCCACCUCAUCCCAAAAAGUAUACACUGUUCGUUUUGUUCUUUCCUUUUUCUCUCUCUCUUUCCUGGGCUGGAUUUCUACUCUUCUUCUUCUUUGUGCGAUUGUGAGUUUGAGUCCUUGCCCGAUGGUGUUGUUUUUUUUUUUUGGUGAGUUUUUGCGCAGGGUUGGCAUGGCAGGCGGGGGCGACUCUGAAGUCCGAGUCUGAUAGCACAUUUAAGAAAAAAUGUCAAAGAAACGAAAGCUUCUUUUUUUCUGUAUGUAAAAAAAAAUGAACAUUUGUAUGAUUAAAUUAACACUGAAAGAAACCUA